CUCUUGAGCAGCUUCGUCCUCACCCGGGUCCUCAUUCGCUUCCCGCUGUUUGACUUUGUGGAGUGAGUCUUUCUCCUCAUAUCCUUAUGCUCCUGAGGAUGGUGCCUUCCUUCUCACAAUUCUCAACAUCCUCGACCUAGACUAUGGCGAGCUUGAACAGCUCCCUGUCCAGCAAUGUCCUACGGCAGCAAAGCCCUGCUGCAUCCUUCAACCGAACGCUAUUAUGACCUCCUAUCGACUUUCAUACGGCACACACGCCCCCAGACGCAGACUCGAUUACGACAUCUGUCACGGCGAAGACAAUUUCACGACUAUUUCGUCACCCAUCUGCCUUCCUCGUCUAUGCAUCCCGAUUCUCGCCCCUUGACUGGCCUAGGGCACAAGUUGUCUAGGAAAGACUCGACGCCGCAUACACUGCAUGGAGGAGAGUCGGCACCCGCAACUCAUCCGUCCAUUUCAAGAAACACUACUGUUGUCCGCAUACCUCUCAGAAGCGCCAAACAUCACUACGGCGCGUCGGUCUCUCGAGGCAGUCGACCAUAUAAUGAGGAUGCACAUCAAGCGGGUGUGAUUGAACUCCCCGCGUUUGCAAAGAGGCCACCCCGAUCGAUCACCGCCAAAUCUGGGCCCGGCGAGGGAAUAUCGGCAGAAGGAGCGUCUGGCGAUCCUCAGGUUUUCUAUUUCGGCGUGUUCGACGGCCAUGGUGGAGCAGAAUGCAGCGACUUCCUCAGAGAAAGACUGCACGACUAUAUUGAAAAAACGGCUGAGUCGUUUGAGCUACAGUCCAGCUUGCAAAAACCUGGCGAGAGAAAGAAAAAGAGCAUACCUGCUCCAGCAGGCUUCGAUGCUGCCGCUGAGCAGGAGAAACGAAGUAGGGGAAGCCGAGACAUAGCUGAGCCAAGCGGUCAUGAGCCUCCUAAGAAAGGUGGAAGACGACCGGGUGAGGGUGCCGCUGAAGACUCCAAAACGGGCCAACAACCUCCAUACCCAGGUGAUCCGCCUCUCAUACAGAGUGCCAACAAGCAGCAUAUCAAAACCCUUGAGAAGGAAUUGACAAAAAACUGGAAAGAUCUCGUCGGAGGCUACUUCAGACGGUUCAAGCCGGCCUAUUUUUCCAUCUACAGUGGCUAUCAGAAUUUAGGGGAAGAAUCUGAUUCACUGCGCCAGGCUGGACAAAAUGUCGACAGCGGCGCCGCCCUCGAGGAAGUUAUCAGCUAUGCUUUUCUCAAGGCCGAUUAUGAUUUUGUCUCGGCACAAGCGGCGAAAAAUUCCGAAAGCUGGGACAAUACCAGAGCGGAUCGACCCCUUAAUGAGGGAGACAUCCUGGGCGAGCCUACCAAGCUAGCCGCUCACAUAGGAGGUCCGAACAGGUUCAAGGGUGGCAGUACGUGCAGCAUUGCGCUGGUGUCUACACCGUCGGCAACGCCAUUCUGGAAUCCUUCGACAACGUCUUCAAUGUUAGUUGCGCAUGUUGGAGAUACGAGGAUUCUGUUGUGCUCGACCGAUACUGGCGCCGCCGUGCCUUUGACGACGAAUCAUCAUCCUUCGUCACCUAUUGAAACCAACCGCUUGCGAAGAUAUGCUACAACGUUUGUGACUGAUUCUUUUGGAGAGGAAAGGAUAUCAGGAUUGGCCAAUACCCGGGCUUUUGGAGACAUAGCCUCGAAACGUGUCGGAGUGAGUGCAGAGCCGGAAAUUAAACGCGUCGACCUGGGUCCAGCAGAAUACUCAUUUCUGGUCUUGAUGUCCGAUGGUGUCUCGGGGACUCUGGAUGACCAGGAAGUGGUGGACAUCAUCAAAGAGGCCAGGGAUCCUGAACAAGCCGCCAGAGAUGUGGUCAACUUUGCAACUGAAGUCUCUACAGAAGGCGACAAUGCCACUUGCCUGGUAGUGCGGAUGGGAGGGUGGGAACGGCGGCAGGAAGGUGGCUAUGGAAGCCUACGUACGAAAGAGAGUCGUGACUGGAAGCGACAGAGUGCGUCUGACCCCAGGAGUCGGCGACAAUAAGUUGGUGUAGCUGUGCUGUAGCUGUAGCUGUAAAUCGAUCAUGGUUCUUG